UUCUUUCAGGCUUUCAGCCAUGGUCUCCAUGAGGAAGAAGAAGAAGACCGCUUUUGCUGCUGCUGCUGCAGCUGCAGCUGCAACCACCCCGCUCUCCCCUUCUUGGUCCUCCUCGGCAUCCUCCUGCAUUGUGCCGGCCUGCGCGGAGGGGAGCGAGAAGAAGAAUAAGAGGAAGCACAGGAAGAGGGCCAAGAAUGGCGCCGGUGACGCCGCGCCGAGGAGGGGUUCCUCCAUCUACAGGGGCGUGACAAGACACAGGGGCACAGGGAAGUACGAGGCGCACCUGUGGGACAAGCAUGGCUGGAGCCCAGACCGGACAAAGAAAGGCAGGCAAGUCUAUCUGGGAGCGUAUGACACAGAGGAGGCUGCAGCUCGCACUUAUGAUCUUGCGGCACUCAAGAUCUGGGGCUCAGGCCAUGCCAUGAACUUCCCGAUUGACACCUACAGACAGGAGCGUGAGAGGAUGCAGCGCAUGACAAGGGAGGAGUACCUGGCAACUCUGAGGCGCAAGAGCAGUGGCUUCUCGAGGGGUCUCUCCAAGUACAGGGGAGUGGCAAAGCAUCACCACAACGGCCGGUGGGAGGCCAGGAUAGGCCGAGCUGAAGGCAAGAAAUACCUCUACCUGGGAACGUUCGAUACCCAGGAAGAGGCAGCCAGGGCCUACGACCUGGCGGCGAUACAGUUCCGCGGCCGCAGCGCGAUCACCAACUUCGACGCCCGUUGCUACAUGGACCAGCUGCAGCCGCCGCCGCCGGCUGCGCCGGCAGCGGAGCCACCACUUGUCCGGCCCAAGACGGAGCCCUGGGAAUGGGAGCAGCCCGCGGCCUGCCCGGCGCUCCGCGACGUGGACGACGCGGACGACGCCAUCGCCGAGAUCCUGCCGGCGCUCUGCAUGGACCGCGCCGACUUCGAGGCCAGGUACCCUGCCCGCCGCGACGGCUGGUCGUCGUCGGACGCCGCCGGCGCCUCCGACGUGCGUGGCCUGCCGGACGACGUGGGCUUCGUGGACGACAUCGAGAGCCUGUUCGACGCGCCCGGCGCCCCCGCCGCUGCCGCCGCCAACUCCGCCGCGCAGCUCCCCGUGCCCGGCGCCGCUUCUCGUCGGGCCAGCGCCGCGGCGGUCGUCUCCUACGCGGCCGCCACCAUCAGCUCGCUGGCGUCCGGUCGCUGGUGGCACUGACGCUGCGCUGGUUCGCGCAAAGUUGGUGGAUCAUGGAGACAUGGAGCUGCAGUUAAAUGCGCGUGAAAGUGGGAGAGAACAGGAGAAGGCUCGCACUUUUGGGUGUACAACUCUCCACGCCACUGUGAUAUACACUAGCGAGCUCGGUAUUGGUACUUGCACCCUGUCGGAUUCGGAUGUAGCAAUGGCAAGUACACGUAAGCGCUGUCACGCUCAAGGUUAGUAGAGGACAAGAAAGAGAAGUACUCCAGCUAGCUAGCUACGUAUCGCACACGUACUCCCUUCUUCCUUCGUCCUAAAAAACCAGCUUUUUCGAGUAUUUAAUCAUCCGUCUUAUAUU